AUGGCUGAAGAGGGAGCUCCCGGCGGCGAGGGCGAGUGCUCAGAGUUUUCGGGGCGAUUUAUAAGAACGAGAGUAGAGGGAGCCCCAGGAAUGAAAGAACAGACCACGGCAUGUAGUGCUGCAGCCGACUUCGCGGGAGGCCUCUGCCCCGUCGGCCGCCUGCUGCAGUCCCCAGAGGCCGCGGUGCCCCGCCUCGUCCACGCAGCUUGCAGCCAGCCGGCCGCCGUGAUGCCCGCCCUCGCCGCGGUGCUCCAGCAGGAUGAGGCCUCCCCCUGGCAGAAGGUGGCCAUCUACCGCAGCCUCUGGGCCAUGCUGGAGCGCGGCCUGGCCGUGGAACCCGCCCAGGCCUUCAUCCUCGCGGCCUCCAAGCAACUGAGAGCGUCGCUGGAGCAGACAGACACGAAAGAGCCCGUGCCUUCGUCUCCAGCUUUCUUCCAUCGUUGCUUGGAAGGCUGUUACCGGGCACGAUUAGAGCAGCUCGCUUGCUUGCGGCGCGUGAGCCGCCGUCGUCGUGACACCCAGCAAGAGGUGUCCCAGGAGCUCCGUUCGGCUGCCAGCAACACCCUGGUGACCUUCGCUCGCCAGCACUUCCACCCCAUCAUGACGGAGCUUCAGCGGCAGCUCCGGCCCUUCGUGGAGCCCGAUGAGUUCACCCUUCUCACCUUGGGCAAGCUCGCAGUCAGCAAUGAGGACACCCCGGUCCAUCUUGGUGGGGCUGCUGCGCGGGACGGAGGACCCCCUUCACAGGCCGCAUCCUGCGCCCAGCAGCGCUUCCUGCUCACCACAGUGCACAGCUGCAUCCCCUUCCUGGGCCUCACGCUGGCCACCCUGCAGACCGUGACACGCCAGACCGAGGACAGCAGGCGGCGCAGGGCCCUCUGCGCAGCCCUGGAGCAGAUGUGCCAGGCGAUUCGGGUCUACCUGCAGACCUGGGAGAGGAGCUCCUACCCACGCAUCAGCCUCCAGCAGUUCUCUGCCUACCUGCUCCCACUCUAUGCCCACAUCACCCGCACCUGGCUGCCCGGAAGCGACUCCCAGGUCAAGCUGGCGGUGCUGAAGAUGCUGGGACCCAUGCUGAGCAUCCUUCUGACCCGGGCGGAGGCCCAGGCCCAGGUCCACCGCGACAUCUGCCUGCUGCUGGCGCAGUACGAGAGCGGCAUCGACACCCUGCACAUCACGAAGAUCCUGGUCCAGAUCAUGGAAGCUUCCCUGGCAAACGACCACCCCAUUCCGCGGAUGCAGGUGGAGCCCCUCACGCGCAGCCUGGUCCGCCAGAUCUGCAGCAGCGGCGGAGAGAAGGCGCGCCCUCAGCCGCAGUGCACGGAGAAUGUGGCAGCCAUCUCGCAGAUCUUCCUGCGGCUGGCCCGUUCACACCCUUCGGAGCUGCUGUGGGUCUUCCAGAGGAAGCUGGAGGACGGCCGAGAGGAGACGCGGGUGGUGCUGCUGUCCCUGCUGGCCGAGAUCAUCGGCGCCAGGCUGCCCGAGCUCUGGAGCAAGAGGCUGCUGUGUGUGAAGGCCGUGAAGGCCGUGCUGGGGGACGAGCGCAGCCGGGUUCGCCUGGCAACACUUUUGACCCUUGGGAAGCUGUUGUGGACCGGCUACUUGGAGAAAGUGGAAGGCUGGCCCCUGAACUAUAUCUCUCUGCAGCUGACCAUGUCAGCCCACCAAUUGACACACCCGAUGGGGCGGCUCUGGCUCGGCGGACUGCGGGAGAAGGCCAUCGAGAGGGCCGGCGCAGCCGCGCUCCACGCUGCCAUCGCUUGCAAGAGGGGCGCCAGCCAGGCGCUGUGGCUGCGGAUGCUGGACUCUGUGAUGCAGCCCCACCACGCCGGCGUGGCCACCCUCCUGUGCCAGGCCCUGAGGCAGCUGGCCGAGCAGCGGGCCGUCCGCGGGCAGGACAGCGCAGAGCCAGUGAAUUCGCCGACUGCCCAGCAGCUGCUGGCUCGUCUCCUGGCCUGGGCGGUUGCUCCCUUGGAGGGAUCCGGCCGAGGCGCGGCGGCGCUGCUCCUGCUCAAUGCUCUCCGCCCGGAGUUCUUCGCGCACGUGGCUCAGCACUGGUGGGUGGACGUGCCCGUCCUGGUCCAUUACCUGGAAGGCCACAGCCAUUUUACGCUGGAGCCAGCGGUGUGGGAGAGCAAGCUGCUGGAGUUCCUGAAGAAGUCGCUGCCGAGGAGCCGGGAGGCCGAUGUCUGGAACCUGGCGCUGGGGCAGGAACUGGCCACGCAGAUGCAUGCCUUCCACAGCUCCUCUGCAGAAAGGGCGUUCCUCUGCAAGGCCACGGGGAUGGCGCUUUCCGCCGCAGGGGACCCCCCGGCCGUGACGCGGCAGCUGCGGGACCUGCUCCUGCACGUGGACUACACGGACGAAGGCCAGCGAAAGGGUGCGUGCUGGUGUGUGGCCCGCUGCGCGGAGGGGCAGCUGGGGGCGGCCCUGGACGCCCUGCGCUGCUUCGAGGAGGAGACCUCCGAGGGGGGGGGCUUGGCAGGCCAGGGCUUGCCGCACCCGGAGAAGGCCCACGUGAAGAGUGCCCUGCUGCUGCUGUACAGCAGCUGCACGGCCCACGUCCCCCGGGAGCAGCUGCUGCCCCGCCUGGCAGCUGAGGUCGUGCCCAAGAUCCUGCACCACUACGCGACCGCUGGCAGCCCCGAGGUGCGCUCCCGCCCCACCGGCACUGGCGCUGGCAGCACGGUCCGUGCAGCCGGAGGGCUCCCGGGCACCCGGGACCCAGAGCUGCUGCUGAGCUUUGCCCAGGCCGUGUCGGAGGUCAGCCGGUCUGCCCAGGGCGAGGCAGGGGCCCCGGCCGUCCCGCUGCCCCAGAAGAGGGAGCUCCUGAGCCGCAUCCUGGACAUCAUCAGAGCAGAGUCCGGAGGGGUCCUCCAGUCUCCCGUUCUCGAGAAGGCGAUGGUGGCCCUCCGGCACCUGAGCACAGUGCCGGAGGCGCUGAGCCACGAGGAGAGCUGGCAGGUGGCGGAGGUGUGCGUGGGCCGCACCCUGGCGCUCCCCCCUGGGGGGCUCGCUGAAAGCGCUGGCGAGGCCCUGCGCGCCCGUGCCGUGGCUGCCUUGUCGGAGCUGGUGGGCACCCUGCUGGCGGAGGAAGGGGACGGCCGCUCGGACCGGCUCCAGCGCAUCUCUGAGCUCCUGGGGUCCUGGCUGGCGUCCGAGCGCGAGUGGGAGCGUUCCGGGGCCGUCCGGCUGGCGGCCCACCUGAUGACGGCACGGCAUCGGCCGACCGGCACCCCGCCGCAGAUCCCCCCGGGGCAGUUCAGCCGCCUGGCCGCCGUGUUCGCGCCCCUCACCUGUGACCCGCUGGGCGCCACCCGGCAGGGCGCUGGCGACUGCAUCGCGGCCCUGCUGCGCCUCCAGGGCGCCACGGGGCCCCGAGAGCCAAAGGGCCGUGCGAAGGAGUGGCGGCUGCGUGGAAUCCAGCAGGACCUCCGGAGCGACGACGUCCGGGAAGCGCGCCUGGCUUCGCUCCAGCUGGCCAAGGUCGUCAGCGGCGCCCUGCCCUCCCGGGAGAUGGCGGCCUUCCUGGGCGCGCUGCUGGAGCGGCUGAGGACUGCCGGGGCGGCCUGCGACCGGGCCGCGCUGCUGUGGUUCGAGGUGGCCGUGCAGGAGCGAGCGGCAGACCUGAAGGACAAGGUCCAGGACCUCGUGGUGCUCAUCUGCUCGGCGCUGCAGCGCUCGGAGGACCCUGCUCAGCGGCGCGGCCUGGGCAAGGCCGCCUGCCUCUUGUCGGAGCGCUGGCCCAAGGCCACCUGCACCACCCUCCUGGAGCUGCCCCUGCUGCACAGAAGGGCCAGGAGGGAGCUCUGGGCUGCGCUGGCGGUGCACAAGAGCUGUGGAGCCCGGGUGCUGAAGUGCCUGCUGGGCCGCGUGAGAGCAGAGAGACGCCGCUCGCCCAGCUGCGUGCCGGCUGCCCGUGGCUGCCCGGCCCUGACCAGCGCCCCCUGCGCCCGGGGCCUGUGUCUGCAGGGGCUGACGGUGCUGCAGGAGGCGGUGCAGGCCCUGGACGGCGGCACCGGCCGCUUCCCGCUGCUCCCGGAGCUGUGCUACAGCCUGCUGCGGCUGCUCAGCCACGACCCGGGUGCGGAGGCUGCUGCGGCGGCUCCUCCGGCGCUGGAGGGAGCGGAGGGCCCCGGCGCUGGGCCCCCGGGGCCACACAGGCAGGCCGUGGCGGUGCUGCAGGAGGUGCUGGGCAGAGCCGCCCCGGAGGCUGCGCAGGAGCUGGAGUCGGGACAUGCCUGGGCCUCCCUGAUGCAGCCGGGCAGCACCCUCAGAGGCGUCGCCCUGUUGGCCAGAGCCUUGGCACACCGAGAGAGCCCCCUCCUCGACGGGCUCCUGCGUCACCUGCGCCCCUCCCUGGGCUCCCCCAGAGCAGCGUGCAGAGAGCUCAGCGUGGCCUUCUGCGUGGAGCUCACAGGCCACCCUUUGCUGCAAGAACCAGAGACGCUCGAUCUUCUCCUGCGGCGGCUGCUGGCCGGAUCCUGCGAAGGGAGCGCCACCAUGCGUUUCCUGUCAGUGCGUGGGCUGGGGAACGUGGCAGAGGCCGCUCCGCAAGAGGUGAAGAAGCACCAGAAGGCCGUGCUGGCCGCCUUGGUCCGAGCCCUGGCCGACGCCGCCAGCCCCGAGGUGGCCGAGGAGAGCCUGCGGGCCCUGAGCAGGGCGUGGGGCUGCCUCGAGAGGAGCGAGGCAGCUUGCGUUGCCCCGGCCGUGGCCAGCCAGGCCCGCGCCCGCCUCCAGCACGUGGACGAGGCCGUCCGAGUGGUGGCCUUUCGGCUCUUUGGCCAGCUGGCCAGGGCUGCUCAGCCGAGGCGCUCCAAGCCCUUCGCCGAGGAGGCGGGCCGCGCGCUGGCGCCCCUCUUGCUGCACCUCCGGGAUCCCAGCCCCAGUGUGGCCGAGGCGUGCUGCGAGGCCCUCGUCUCGUGCGCCCCCUUCGUGGGGCUGCAGGAACUCGCCCUGAAGGUGGACGCUGAGCUGGCGCUGGCAGAUGUCUCAGGCACGUGGCACACUCUCCUGAUGGACAGGGCCUGCCGGCAGCUGGCUUGUGCGAAUCCGCCACUCCUGGAGGCCCUCUUGGCAGACGUGCCCCGACACCUGUGCGCCGCCUGGGAGAGCGUGCGGGUCGCGGCAUGCAGGCUGGCAGGGGUCCUCGCGGAGACGAAGGAGGGGCCGCUGGACCUGGGCCAGCUCCUGCAAAUUUUGCACGCCCUGGAGCGGGACCCCAGCGCCGCUGUGGAGAAGGCCGCCGCAGAAGCCGCCCGGGCCGUCCAGCGCAGGCAGCAGGAGUGCCGGGCCGCGUCCGCCGGGGGGCAGCUGUGGCGAGUGGCCCUUCCCAGCUGGCUGUUGCGGCGGCGGCGGCGGGGGCAGCGAGGCCUGGGCCUGGCAGCCCGAGGGCCCCACUGA